UAAUUGCGGCGGGAUUGCAGCUUUAACCAAAAGCCAUUGAAAAUAAUGUAUUUUUAUGUAAAGGUUGAGCUUGUCAUUAGUUGUGGCCUUGUUAAGAGUUCGACUUGACGCCGUAUAAAUCACAUUUAGCUGCUCCGUUCGCCCUCCGCAGCCGUUGCUGCUGCUGGUGGCGCGUCGGCGCUCCGCUCCUCACAGUGGCUUCGUCGCGUGCCUCUUGACACACCUUUUGUUGUCUCAUCCAGCCAGAAUCGGCUAACGGCUGCUAGCGAGCAUCACCCGCGCCGACUGAACGACAGCGGUGAAGUCACGUCGGGCCACAAUAAGCGGAGGCAGCCGAAAGGUGACGGCCAGCACCGUGUCAGGAUGAGUGGCGAUGAAGUGAACCCGGCUGCAGUGGCUCAGCCAGUGGAGGAUGUUCAUGGAGAUGGACGGUGGCUCUCACAGCACACACGAUUUGUUCAGGAGUGUAAAGAUGCUGAGCCAGAUGUGCUGUUUGUGGGCGACUCUAUGAUCCAGUUAAUGCAGCAGUAUGAGGUCUGGAGGGACUUAUUCUCCCCACUUCAUGCGCUGAACUUUGGUAUUGGAGGGGACACCACCUGUAAUGUGCUGUGGAGGCUGCAGAAUGGAGAGCUGGACAAUAUUCGUCCCAAGGUGGUGGUGUUGUGGGUAGGAACCAACAAUCAUGAACACUCUGCUGAGCAAGUGGCGGGAGGCAUUCUUACUAUUGCAGAACUGCUCACCUCUCGCCUCCCUAAGGCGAAGGUAGUUGUACUGGGUUUGUUGCCUCGAGGGGAGCGUCCCAACCCGCUGAGGGAGAAGAACGCUGCCGUUAACAGCUUCCUGCGUUCCUGGCUGCCCCGACUGAACCAUGCUCAGUUCCUGGAUGUGAGUGGAGAGUUUGUCCACUCUGAUGGAACUAUCAGCCCACAGGACAUGUUUGACUAUCUUCACCUCACACAGACAGGCUACCGUAACCUGUCCAAGCCCCUCAGUGACCUGCUGCUUCAAAUCCUGGAGGACACACCGGAGGAGAGACGGGCGUCACUGAUUUGAUGGCCGCGGCCAUGCAACAUGUUAAUCCAGAGGCGUGUCUCACCUGCUCCUGUGGAGGAUGUGAAACAUGUUUCUGGAGGAGGAAGGGUUCAUUCAUAGGGGAAAUAUGUACCCAAGUAUGAGUGGGCCCAUGAGUGAUGUGGAGAGGUGCUGUAGAGGGAGAGAGACCUCAAUACAGAUGUAGACACUGUGACUGCAGUAGUAAAUUCUAUUGCAAAAGAAUUUAAAACAUACGCUUAUGUAAUGUAGGACUGCAGUUGCACAUACCCUGAUCAGUCUUGGCCUGUGGAAAAAAGAUAGUAUUUCCGUGGCCUUGCCAGCGAACAAAGACAAGCUUUGUUUGGUGUCGGAACUGUUAAAUGUGAAGCCUCCUUCCUUUAUAUACGAGUAGUGUGGGUCACAGCAAACAGUAAGUAACACAUGAACCCAUACAUCCAACACAGUACUAACCGCUGGUCUGCCCCGCACAGCUGGGAGCCAGUAGGUCAUAGUGCCAAGAUAAGGAAAAGAAGGAAUUUCUCUUUAAUGACAACAACAAUCUGUAAGAAUCUAUUUCUUUUUUUUUCUGAAGAAGGUUAUAAACAGCUGCUCCAGAGGUGCUCCUGCCAAGGUCAUAGAAAACUAUCUUAUGUGAUUUAGCCUUAAAGCAUGAAUUCCCCCCAAAACUACAUGAUUUACUAUAAGUCGUCAGCCCAGGUCUGGGUGUGCUAAACACCUCAUAGUCUGCUUCAUGUCCACCUCUGAACCAUGUGCAACCAUUCAGAUGUCUGCAAAUUGUUUAUUCAUAUAACUAACUGUAGAUGGGUGGAGCACACUGGACCACUGAGUCCGUCCUGCCUCCCCUAAAAACAUCAGCGAACUACGUGUGAACUCAAAUGCACGUUCAAAGCAAAGCUGGGGUUCUCUUCAAAGUUCUCUUCAUGCAUUUUAAUUGGCGACAUCAGCUUUUCUAACUACACAGGUCUUCCACCUCUGAUGCUGGCGCCUGCAUGAAACACUUCUCUCACAUAGAAGUUCACAUUUUGUUCCAAUUGAAUCUAAACCGACCUUUAAAUGAAAAAGACCAAACUUAACGUGCUUCAGGAUCAUGCGUUGUGUCUGUGUUCCACGUUGUUGACAACAACAUACAUUUCAGGUCAUGAUAUUCCACCGUCUCGAUGAUCGUGCUUGUGUUUUGCAGUAGCAUUGUAACUGUGCACUUGCAUUAAUAUAUUACAGGAAAGCUAAAAGUGGAUCAAACACUAUAGCUGCUGUCCACUGAAACUGCUUUGUGUAUUGUAUGCAGAUCUUAUAAUCAGUCACUCAAACUAGCACUCUCUCCCUCUUAAAUACACUUACAGUGUUUCCACUUCGUUUGCUUUUAGCCCCUUCGUUUCGGUGUUGUAUUUAUAGCUGCCUAAAGCCCUGACGCCCCUUCAUGGUUCAGUACGGUGACUACCUGCAGGGAAGCUCAGGCGACUGGACCCCGUCAUGCCACACGCUGGCCAGCAGUCACAGGUCACGCGAGGAGAGCCAUUCGUCCGUGCACUUACACUGUAGCUGUUUCUCCAUGGCUUCAGUUCCGCUCGUCGCCCGUCGAGCGUCCGAUUCUGUGACGUCACCGCUCUCUAAAGCUCACGCGUUGUGUUAAAUAGAACUAGUGUGUGUGUGUGUGCCUUAAGUGUUCAUGGGAUCGUUGUAUAAAGUGUGUCUGAUGCUGGAUGUUGUAGGUUUGGUGUGUGAAUGGACCCCAGCUGUAUAUGACCUGUGUAAAUCAUGAGGGGAGGCUGUUUGGAUGAAGGUGGAGCUGCAGGACGCUGAGUUUGGUGCAAUCCAGUAUUUGCAUCUGUUUUGGCUCGCUGUCACAUUAUGAUAAAGCAUUGCGAUAAAUAAAAAAAAAAAACCUGAUCAAAUCACA